AUGAUAACUAAAAUCGAAACACUACCUAAUGAAAUUCUUCUUUAUAUAUUUUCUUAUUUAUCAUGGUAUGAUAUGUUAAUAUCUUUUUGGUCAUUAAAUAUUCGUUUUGAUUCGCUUGUGUGUUCAAUUCUUUCAAUAAAUGACCGUAUAUCGAAUAGUGGCAUUCUUAUUACACAAGGUUUAUCUUAUAAUAAAUGUUCAUCAAUAUUAUUUCCAUUGAUUAUAAAUUCCUCAUCUCUUUGUUCUUCUAUUCAACGAAUUCAUUUUGAUGAAACAAAUUCAAUUGCUUGUGAUCUUAUCUAUCAAUGGUUGUUUAACGAGAAAAAAAUCCUUCAUUUUUCUAAUCUUAAAUCACUUAUUCUUACUCGAUGUGGAUCAAUUGAAGCAGUAGUUCAAAGUUUAUCUUACCUUAUUGAACAUCAAUUAGAUGAACUUACAUUAACAUUUAAUCAGCAAGGAUUCAGACGAGUUCGUUAUGAAAAAAAAGAUUUGCAAAUGAUUUCUGAUGCAGAAAUAGAAAGACGAAUGAACAUGAUCAAAGAACUUCUUUGUCAAUUAUUCUCUGGUCAAUGUCAACUAAAAUCUCUUCGACUUGAUAUUAGCAAUAUUUUAAGAGGUAGUAUUAUUCAUAGAUGUUUAAAAUCAAGGUCUUAUCUCUCUUUCAAUCCUAUUCAACAUGAAUUUCAAUCGUAUUGUAUGACUCUUCGUUGUUUAUAUAUUCGACUUAAUCAAACAUGUUUUCUUGAAAAUCUUAUUGAAUAUGUCCCCAAUCUCGAACAAUUAUUAGUUGAAUUUCAUUAUGUAUCAAAAUUCGGUUCAUUUGAGAAAUCGAAUGUUGAAACUUUAAGGCAAUCAAAUGAAAACUGGUUUAAUAAAAUACCAAAACUACGAUAUUUUAGUUUAAAAACUUUGAUUUGUGAUGAUUCAGAAUUUGUUUAUUUGAAAUGGCUUCUUAACAAUUUAAAUUAUAUUGAAAAGCUUCAAGUUCAUCUUAGAAAUAAUGAAUUCAUCAAAAGAGAAAGUGAAAGUAUAUGGAAAUCUGUUAUUGAUGCAAAUUUUGUUCGUCAAUAUUGUUUACCUUCAAAAAUAAUUAAUUUAAUUUAUUUUGAUUUUUAUAUUUGUUCAGAAUGUCAAUCAUCAUUGAAUGACAUAGAAAAAAUAAUUAAUUCAUUUAAAAUUCAUUCUUUUUUUAUUGAACAUCAAUGGACAAAUGUUAAAUAUUUAUUUGAUCCAAUAAUGUCAUGUCAACAUCUUUUCUCUUUAACUGAUAGAUUACAAUUCUCUGAUAAUCCUAGGUAA